AUGAUUGUUGUUGUUGAGAAUGAUCAUCCCCAUCUCAUUCAUUGUUUUUCAAGUGUCUGUCUUGUCAUCAUGACCGUCAAUAACAGUAUUAGUGACAAUAAUAAUAAUAGUAAUAAUAAUAAUAAUAAAUAUGAUAGUAGUUUAAUAAAUAUAAAUUGUUCAAUACAAUUAAAAGGAUAUGACCCAUCAUCUAAAUAUUUGAAAUAUCAAUUUGCAGUGGGAGCAGAGGGAUCGGAAUUAAAGAGAACCAUUCUAAAACAAAUAGAGAUACAACAACAAGGUCAACCAUUGGUUUUAAAGAAAGAUGAAACAUUUAUCAUCUAUCAUAGAGAGGAUAGACAAAAAGAUGAUAGAUAUAGAUGGGUUGGUCCAGUCAUCACAGACAAUGAACCACUCGAGGACAAUGAACAUUAUGUGGCUACUGUGACUCAAAAGUCAAUGAACCUUGGUAUAGAUGUUCAUAUCAUAUAUUCUAGUCCUGACUUGGAUCCAAAAGACAUUAGAAAGGUGGUCAAACGUGUCGAUCUUCAACUAAGUGGUUACACAAAGUUUAGUGAUAUCUAUCGUAUCAUUGAACCAAUGACAUUGGCAGAAUACAUCACAUCUGUAACAAAAUAUCGUUUCCUUUUCGCUGGUCGUAUGUUGGACUGUGAAACAAUGAUUUAUAAUGAAUCUGGUAUUGGUUCAAAUCAACGUAUUCCAUUAUUUGUUUAUGUUUCAAUUGACCCUACAAGUAAAACAACCAAAUAA